AUGCCACCAUCACCAGCGGAGCAUGACGCAGAAUUAAUUAUCUUGGUUAUAUGUGAUGAUGGGGAUCCGGGUGAUGAUGAUGUGGAUGAUAAUGAUCAUCGUGAUGAUGAUAAUGAGGGUGUUAAUGAUGGUGAUGAAGAUAACGACCAUGACGAUGAUGACAAUGGGGAUCAGGGUGAUGAUGAUGGUGAUGAUAAUGAUCAUCGUGAUGAUGAUAAUGAGGGUGAUAAUGAUGGUGAUGACGAUAACGACCAUGACGAUGAUGACAAUGGGGAUCAGGGUGAUGAUGAUGGUGAUGAUAAUGAUCAUCGUGAUGAUGAUAAUGAGGGUGAUAAUAAUGGUGAUGACGAUAACGACCAUGACGAUAAUGAUAAUGGGGAACAUGGUGAUGGAUACGAUCAAAGUGGUGCUGAUGAUGGUGAUGAAGAGGAAGAGGAGGGGCAUGGUGAUAAGUAUAAUAACGAUAUAACCUAA